GAAUUUUAUGUAUAGUGUGUUUUUCAGGGUAAUCAAAGACACUACACAAGUUAAAAGGAUCAUAAAAAGCAACAUACUAAAAGCACAAUGUAACACACAACAUUAAUCACACAUUAAAAGCAGUUCUGAAAAGGUGAGUUUUGAUAAGUGAUUUGAACAUGGACAGGUCGGUGCAGUCUCAGGUGUGUUUAAGGAGAGAGUUCCAGAGGGAAGGGGCAGCUACAGAAGGCUCUGUCACACCAGGUCUGGUGCUUGGUCCUGGAUGGUGGAUACAGGAAGUUGGCAUCAGAGGAGUGGAGCCUUCAGGAAGGAGUGUCACAAUGGAGCAGUUGAUAGCUGAGGCAGACAGGAGCGGAGGGGAGAGGGAGGAAUAUGAUAUGCAACAAAGGUCCCCCGAGCCGUGGACGCUGCGAUUAUAUGAUCUGAGGAAACCUCGCUCAGAGGAGGGACACAAGGCCACUACCUACUUGGGACAGGCAGCUCACUUAUGGGCUCUUCAACCACAAGGAGAAGGACAGUACAAAUGGAGGUGGUUUUGGGCGUGUGACAAGUGGUGCAAGGGACAUCCUGGUACAACAUGGAGAGAUCUGGACAAGAGUCACCUUGGUCACCAUGACUGUAUUCCUGUGGGAUCCACCUGCUGCAGUAUCUGUGAGCGACACGGGCAGAACAUGGAAACACAGCACAACAAGUUUCUUUCCUGCACCGGUCACCCUGCACGGUCACUACAAGCAUUCCACUGGGAGCUCCUACACAGGAGUGGGACGACUGUCUCCUUGAGAGCUCGUCGGAGGUGAGCAAAUAUCUGGUUGGAGAUGUUAAUCGAUCGGAAAAGAGCCGCGUCUGAGUGGGCCAUUGCGUGGAUGCAUGUGGAGCGUCUGGAUCCUGGCUGAUCAGAAGCGCGGCGUCUGGAGGAGAAGGGUUCCAUGUGGAUGUGGUGGUGAAGGAGAUAUCACGUUGGUACUGCUGGAUCUAGUCGUGGGCGGUAUGUUGCGGAGGAACGUGGAUCACGGAGCACGGACUGGAGGUAAGCGUACUCUAUGUGUGCUAUCGUUCAACAUACUUUUAUAUUAAUUAACAGUAGUAUGUGUCUUUUCUUAUGCACUGAUCUGUUAUUAUCGCGUCACUUCUUGAGAGCCGGUUAGAGAUGCUUAACCAUGGUAACCCGUGCCAACCAUAAACUGAACUAAUUUUAAAAAUAUAUUACACCUAGCAAAGUGAAAACCUUACUUGAAGCAUUAUUGAUGUUACGCCGGAGUUGCCUUGGUCGCUGUCCACCAUUGUCUGUUAUAUUAUUGUUGUUAUCAUUACUACCACAUUGCAUUAUGGGAUAUUUGUGCUGGGGUAGUGUCCAGUGUUUGCAUAUUGUAAUAUUUCCAGGGAAACAGUAUGCACUUCACAUACUAUUGGUUUCAUACUAAGGUUUCAGACAUACUAAGAAAUGUCACAUACUGUUUUAGCGUACUAAAUAGCAUGUUAGUAUGGAGUUUCAGACGCAGCUCAUGUCUCUGGUUUAUCCAUCACUCUGACUCCAAAGAAAUGUGUUUGGACUUUUUUAUGAAGUGUGUUUGUGUGUGUGUUGGGACUGAUCCAGUCAGAUUAUUUAAUGGUUUCAUUGUGUAUUCCCCUUGCCUCAGGAGCUGUGCGUGAGAUAGAUAUUUGUCAUGCCACUUAUUUUGUUGUAUCAUUAACCUUUACACACAUUUUCUACACUCAUAUGUGCAACUGAAGCUGGGAAUAUACUUCUCUGAGGGAAAAUAAUCCAAUAUUUAUACAUAGUAAAUACAGAAUUACAUCAAAGUACAUUUUCUAUUGCCACAUGGUGCAGGUGUUUUACAACAAAGCUUUCAAGAGAUACUGUACUACUUGAAAGGCAUUUUCUGUGGAUUGUUCCUCUAAGAGUAACUAUGAUCUGUACUUUUCCGUAUUUGCUUUUUUUUUAACAUGCAUGAAUUUUAAUAACUUGUGAGGUUUUCACUGAUCAAACAGGCCAAACAUAGAAGAAUUUGGGCCAGCAGUGUGUGUGUGUGUGUGUGUGUGUUGGUCUUUGGUUCUGUAAGUGUUGUUUGAGUGACAAGGGGUGAGACAAAGGGGAGGGCCUUAGGGACUAGGUGUCAGACGAUCUGAAAACGGUCGAGAUAAAGCUACCAGGGAUGUGUCUGCAUUUGUGUGUGUGUGUGUGUGUGACCUGAUGAAUGGGUGAGCUGGGCUAGAGGUCAUAGGUUAUCUGUCACUGGGAUAAAAAUUGCUAGUCCGUACUUUUUUUUCCCUGUCUAGAUGUCAGUCUGACUCGCUCUCUGUUGGUCUUUCUUGUUGAAUGUCUAUCUGCCUUCAUGCCCAUCUGGCCGGAGUGAGAGGGCAUGGGGGAAAAAGUGUAUAGGGCAGCAGGAAGUGUGUGUGUUUGUGUGUGUGUGUGUUUGUGUUUGUGCAUUCUCUUGGCAAAUGUAAAUAAGUGUGUGCACAUUUCCAUAGAGCUGAAAAUAUAAUGCUGCAUCAAACCCAAAUGUCAGCUUUCUAUUGACAUUGAGAGGAGAGGAGAGGAGAGGAGAGGAGAGGAGAGGA